GAAGCCCCCACUACAAAUUAUUUUCGACAAUACCGCGAGGUAUAAAAGAUUUCGUUUCAAAACCCAAGACAUCACACUACCAGUGAACGACAAUCAACCAACUACCCUCAACAACAAUGGCAUUCAAGCUCGUAGUUCUCGCCUGCGUUUUGGCUGCUGCCAACGCUGGUGUUUUAUCCCCGGUACAAUACGCCGUGCCCCAGGCCCACUACGCCCCAAGCAUCGCAGUCGCCUCCCACGCGAUCACCUCUCAGUCCGACAACAUCCUGCGAAGCCCAGGAAACCUGGCCCAGGUAGCCACCCAGCAGAAGACCAUCACCACCCCUUACUCGAGCUCCAGCAAAUCUGACGUUCGCGUCAGCAACCCCAGCGUCUACACCACUACUGCCUACGCUGCCCCCGUUUCUUACGCUCAUCCUGCCCCGGUUGCUUACGCCGCCGCCCCCGCCUACGCUCACGCCGCCGCUCCAGCUUACGCUCACGCCGCCGCCCCCGCCUACGCUCACGCCGCCGCCCCAGCCGGUCUUCUUGGAGUCGCCUAUUCUCCGGCCGUAGCUGUGUCCCACAUGACCUACAGCAGCCCAGUCGGCAUCUCCUACGCCUGCCCUGAGUAUAAAACACCCGAUCGUCGUCAACCAGAGCAUCACUUCUCAGUAACCGACUACAGCGCGGAACGAAGCUUAAAAAAAUAUCUCAAAAUGGCAUUCAAGGUGAUCAUCCUCUGCGCCACCCUCGCGGUAGCCAACGCCGGUAUUUACAGCGGUCUUCACGCCGCCCCCGCAGCAGCCAUAACCUACGGUGCACCGACCCUGAGCUACGCCGCCCCGGCGAUCACCUCCCAGUCGUCCAACAUCCUUCGCAGCCCGGGCAACCUCGCCCAGAUCUCGACCUACUCGAAGACGAUCGACACCCCCUAUUCCAGCGUGAGCAAGUCCGACGUCCGCGUCAGCAACCCGGCGAUAUACGCCACCUCUUACACCGCCCCAGCUGCUUACGCCACAUCCUACGCUGCACCAGCUGCCUACGCCUACUCAGCGGCACCAGCUGUGUCCCACGUGAGCUACUCGGCGCCCUUGUCCUACGCCGCCCCCGGGCCGAUAAUCGCUAAGGCUGCAUACGCCGCCCCCGCCCCCGCCUACGCCUACGCCGCUGGACCAGCGCCGAUAAUCGCGAAGACAGCUUACGCCGCCCCAGCCGCCCUGGCCUACGGAGCAGCUCCAGCUGUAGCCGCCCCCGGGCCGGUUGUGGCUCACGCGACUUUUUCCGGACUGGGUGCUUCUUACGCCUGGUAAUUGAUCGGCUAUGAUUGUGAAGCGAGACGGGCGUUUUUUGCGGCUUCGGUUGCGCGACGUUCACAAACGACAGCUGAGAUGUGAACCGCCUCUGUCUCCCUCGGGCCGUCCCUCUCUUUUGCAUACCGGUACAUACUCUUUCUCCGUUCUAUGAUUCAUUUCAUACCUAAAACAAUUCUGCCCACUGUUGUAUUUGUUGUGGUAUAUGUCACUUUAACAUGUAAAUACAAUAAAUUAUUAUUCAAAUUUA